UCUUUAAGGCAUCACGUCUCUGUCAACCAGCGACUAACUCGAGUCACUGCCAGAUAAUUAAGCCUAUUUUUCGUUUACUAUACUCAAGUUGAUUGUGUAGUUCCAAAGCACAUACUGCGGAUUAGCGUAAACCUAAAUAGCAAAGUGCUGCCUGAGAGAUCUAACUGAGGGCAAAGUGUUAAAUGCGCGGGUUAAAUACAAAUGGUCAACAGCGCCAUUGUUUUGCUAACGCUAACGCUGGCUAUCAAAUGGGCGAGAUAGCGGAAACAAUCGUGAAACAUUGCAGUUAAAAGACAGAUAUAGCGUUAGUGAACAUAAAUGGAGACAAAGUACCCUACCUUGAGGAGACCAAAGAGGAAACUCUGCUACCUUACAAACCAGGAAAGUCCAUCUAAACAAUGGACAGGAACAGUGACAUUGGGAGACAUUGAUAAGAUGUUUGAUGACUUGGACCCUCCCUCACAUGUUAAUGAUGACCUGUUACCCCCGUCUGCUCUGCUCCAGACCUUUGAUACUGAGUCAAACCAGUGUGGGAAAGAGGCUUCACCAGUCCUAAAGGAACGACACCUAACAGAAAAACUUCCAAGAUGCCAAGUGGGUCCGAGAGUAGAUGCGUCGCAUCCUGCAAUGUCACCAAGUCCUAAACUAUACAUUGAUUUGGACAUCCCAUUCAAAGCACAUAUGCCAGUGAAGACAUCCAGCCCUAUUGAAGAGAAUAUGGUUGUUGACGAGCUGGACAAUGAGAAAGACCAAGUUGCAUCCCCAAUUCUCUUUGCCUGUGAAGAUGACAGAAAAGAAGAGGCAAAGACAGAGCCUCUGUUCAUCCAGGAACCCCACUGCAAUGGGCACGACACAGAAGAAAAUGAUGACUCUGAGUUGGAGUCUCCUCCAACCAAGGUUGUUUUCAACAAACCCAAGAUGGCCAGUCACCAAAACAAGGUGGAGGGAUCAUGCAAAGAGAGUCGCCCCGUCAAAGCAAAAGCACCCAAAAAACCCGAAACACCUGCUUUGGAGGGCAAAAUAAAAACACCAAGUCAAGAAAACGCAGACCCAUCUUUGUCAGCAGUGAGACAGGAGCCUGAACCCACAGCCCCUAUGAAAAAUUCUGAAAAUGUCCACAGCCAUCCACCAGUGGAGUCAACUAGUGUGGCAAAAGACAUGACUGCUUUUCUCAAGAAGCUUAGAGAUGCUGGACAGCCCAAACCUGCAUGUUCCAGGAAGUCUCUGACACCAGUGAAAGCACCCACUCCUCCUGCUGAGCCAGAGGAUGAUUUCCUCAUUCUGGAGGAUGAUAGACCACUUUGGUUUUCCAUCCCCAGUAAAACUGCCAACAGUAAAAAACAGAGACAGAGCAGAACCUCCAGCAGCGAUAAAGACAGCUCAACAGACAAGGGCAAGAAGGAUAACCCAUUAGAGACUGCACAUAAACUGCAGGAAUCUGAACAGACAACUAACAAACUGGGAAGUCAAACUGUCAAUUGGAAAACGCAGAAGACGAAAGAGGGAGAAAAGAAGAAUAAGGUGGCUGAGCAUGGAAAUGAUAAGGAAGAAUUGUCCAGUCCUGAGGAUCUUCCUGCAGGCAACUUAGUGGUAGAAGAGAAACCCCCCAAAAAGAAACAACUAAGGAAGGUGCCAUCUAAAGAAACUGACAAGGAAGAAGAGCAACCGAAAGACGAAGCCAGCGGGGAAACACAUGAAGAAAAACCCACUCAGAAAACCGAAAAGAAAGCUCAGAAGUCCUCUGACACGAAGAGGCCGAAGUCUUUAAAAGUUGGAAAUGAAAACGCAAAGACAAGUAGGGCUAAGUCAAAGGGGGGGCGAAAAGUUACCCAGGGAUCUGAUGCAGUAAAGCAGGCGAUGAAUGAUGAGGCUGAGAAGGAACAAAGCCAGAGCAGCGAGGAACAGGCAGAGGCUGAAGACCUGGGUUCUCUUCCAGACAAAGAAAUGCUGAAUUCUGAAGCACAAACAGAAAAGGAUGUUACAGAUGAAAAGGACGAACGCAACAAAAUACCAGUUGUGUCUGAAGGGAGUUCAUCUGAAGACGGUCAGAUUAUUGGCAAAAGGAAAAGGAGGCAGCCUGGAAAGUGGUGGUUGGACUAUCAGUUUACAGAGGAAACAAAGCUUACAGACAACCAGACCACACUCAAGAAGUCAAAGCAGCACAACCCAGAGCCCAUCGCAGCAGUACCUUCACCUGUAAAGACCAAGAAGGAAAAAGUUUUAAAGAAAAGAAACCAGACGCAGUCUGCACUGUCAUCCAGUCAGAACACAAAUAAAGCUAAGGGAAAGAAAACUAAACGGAACAAAAACAAAAAUACAAGAGAAGACAGUCGACCAGAUGAAGUAUUUCAGGGGACUGAGGCAGAGCAGUUUGAAGAGCAGGAGCAGGAGCAGGAGCAGGAGCAGGAGCAGGAGCAGGAGGAGGAGGAGGAGCUGGUGGACCAGGACCAGGACCUGGACGGACAGUCUAGUCCUUUGGACCUCUCACACAGAGACCACAGCCUUAGUUCAGGGGAUCAAGUAUUUCAGAGAGUAUACCAUCGUGCCUCUAAUGAAAAACUGUCCAUCACACCAGCGCCCGUCUCUCCCGACGGGCCUAGUGAGCAGCUCAGGGCAGCAGAAUCAGAGAGACGGAGGAGGAAACCUCCCGGGAACUGGUGGAAGAUCGAUGACAUGUGUGAGGAUGUGGAGAACGUCUCCUUACAGCAGCAGGGGCCCAGACCUCCCAAGGAAAGAAAAAAAGUGUCUAAACAGAGCAGAUCUCGUCGACUUGGGACUCCCAAAAAUGGCAACAUGGCAGUCUCAUCAAAACCAUUCGGGGGAGAUCCUGUGUCUUUUCUAAAACCGAAGCCAAAGUUGACUCCAAAGACUGUGAAACGCUCUCUGGCCACAUUUAAAGACAUAUUCACGUCAGUCACAGAGACCCCGACUCUGGUCAACAGGAGAGAAGCCGGUCAGAAGAACAGACGUAAAGUCACUGCUCGUCCUGCUGCUGAGGAAGUCAGUGCUACUGUCUGUACAAUAUUCAGUAAAAAUACUGAUGGAGAUAUUCUCAGUAUGGAUGAUGUUGAACCCAGGAGCCCACAGAGCAGCCCACCCAACCAUGAGACGCCACAGGGCAGAAACUGUCAGUCAGAGGACAGGUUAAAACUCCUCAGAAGUGGGCCGUCCUCCAUGAUUGAGCUGAAAGAGUAUGAGCAGGAUGACGACUUAAUUGUGAUGCCGCCCAGCUUCCACGCUGCUCUCUCUGUAUCCGAUCUGUGUGCUCCUCCUCUCAAACCGCUGGUCUUACAGCCGAAGGAUAAGGCCAACCUGAGCGAGUGGUUUAAGAGUCUCUGGUCGGUUCCUGUCGACAAAGGUGCUGAGGUCACUCCUGACCAAUUUGAUUGGUACUUCUAUCAAGGCAGAGCUAUUGGCUUCCUGGUGGAUCUGAACUGUGACUCCUUCUGUAAUGGUAAAAUCCUGCUGGGCUCCUACAUGAAGAAGCCUCUGUGGGUGGAUCACAGCGCCACAACAGUUUUUAACUUAUUAACAAGCUCUGUGAGUGUAACCAUCGACGGCAAGGAAUCCUGCUUUAAUCCCGGACAAUCCUUUAUGGUGCCAUGUGGACAUGCUUACAACAUCCAAAACGUCACUGCACAGCCUGCAGUUCUGUACUUCACAAGGAUAUUAGCAGAAAGUUCAGAUUGAAGUUGUCAGCUGUACAACCAGCUGCUUAUUUCUGAGAAAUGACCAAACACCCUGAAUAUGUAAAAAUGAAAAAAGGACUGGGGAUGUGUGCCAUUAUUUAAAUGAAUUUACUUUCUCUGUUGAAGUUUAAUGUGUAAAUAGAAAAAAAUGUGGUUAGUUUUUAAUGAACGUAUUUGUUUCUUAGCUAUGCUUGUAAUGAUAUAAUUCUGUUAAAACAAAAAUGAUUUGUAAAUAAGGUUUUGUGCUUGUUGUUGCCAUUUCCUAUGAUUUUGCAUGUAUUGUUUCCAGCCUCUGAGGGGCAGUGUACAGCUGUAGUAAAAUAACACAACUGCAAGAAACGCAACAUCAAGAAAUCUACAUUCAGACCUGUAUAUUCCAGGAUACUGUAUGUGGAUUUUGAAAUGUCUUUUUAAUUUUAAUUAAUUUUUACAACCAAAAUGUGUCCUGAUUCUUAAAUACAGUAUAGUAGUACAAGAGUGUGAAAAACUCCAUUAAAAUGAGAAGUCCAUCAAAACCAAACAAAUGUAUGUUUUGAUAUUACUCAUGUGAAAUUAUUAUAAUGGUGUGUAGAGGUAAAGUUUGGUAGUUUA